GACAUGCAGUGGGCUAAUAGAGAACACACACACCCAGCAUCUGUCUGCAGCCUGCCAUGCAAGCCCGGGGAGAGGAAGAAAACCGUGAAAGGGGUCCCUUGCUGCUGGCACUGUGAGCGCUGUGAGGGCUAUAACUACCAGGCAGACGAACUCUCCUGUGAACUCUGCCCAUUGGAUCAGAGACCCAACAUCAACCGCACAGGCUGUCAGAGGAUCCCCAUCAUCAAGUUGGAGUGGCAUUCUCCCUGGGCGGUGGUACCUGUGUUCAUAGCAAUAUUGGGAAUCAUUGCCACCACCUUUGUGAUUGUGACAUUUGUCCGCUAUAACGACACACCUAUCGUGAGAGCCUCUGGGCGGGAACUUAGUUAUGUGCUCCUGACAGGGAUUUUUCUCUGUUACUCAAUCACCUUUUUGAUGAUUGCGGCACCGGACACAGUCAUAUGCUCCUUCCGGCGGAUUUUCCUGGGACUUGGUAUGUGUUUCAGCUAUGCCGCACUUUUGACCAAAACAAACCGUAUCCACCGAAUAUUUGAGCAGGGGAAGAAAUCGGUCACGGCACCUAAGUUUAUCAGUCCGGCAUCCCAGCUGGUGAUCACCUUCAGCCUCAUCUCCGUACAGCUCCUUGGAGUGUUUGUGUGGUUUGUUGUGGAUCCCCCACACACCAUCAUUGACUAUGGAGAACAGCGGACACUAGAUCCCGAGAACGCCCGGGGAGUGCUCAAGUGUGACAUUUCCGAUCUGUCACUCAUUUGUUCCCUGGGGUACAGUAUCCUCCUGAUGGUCACUUGUACUGUUUAUGCCAUUAAAACCAGGGGAGUCCCAGAGACGUUCAAUGAAGCCAAACCUAUUGGAUUUACCAUGUACACCACUUGCAUCAUUUGGUUAGCUUUCAUCCCCAUCUUUUUUGGUACAGCCCAGUCAGCAGAGAAGAUGUACAUCCAGACAACAACACUCACUGUCUCCAUGAGUUUAAGUGCUUCGGUGUCUCUGGGAAUGCUCUAUAUGCCCAAAGUUUAUAUCAUAAUUUUUCAUCCAGAGCAGAAUGUUCAAAAACGCAAGAGAAGCUUCAAGGCUGUGGUGACAGCUGCUACCAUGCAGAGCAAACUGAUCCAAAAAGGAAAUGACAGACCAAAUGGCGAGGUGAAAAGUGAACUCUGUGAGAGUCUUGAAACCAACACGUCCUCUACCAAGACAACAUAUAUCAGCUACAGCAAUCAUUCAAUCUGAAUAGGGAGAUGACCCCAUCCGAAGAAAGGUGGUGUGUGUUCUUAAAUAUCGAACAUGAGACUGCAAAAUGUCACUUCUGGAGAUCUCCCUGGACUACAAGCAAUCAGAUCAAUAGUCUUGUAAGGCACAAAAUUAGCCAUGAGCCAAAAGUAUCAAUAAUGAGGAGCAAAGAAACCCAUUUUAUACAAUACAACCAAUGAGUGUCAAGCUAAACUAUUGCUUACUUGUGAGCAUUAAAAAAAAAAAUUCAAAAGGAAAACUAAUGUUACCUUGUGAAAAAAAAUGCUGUUGAAAUAAACCAUGUCCGAUGUUAUUCUUGUAAGUAUUUUUCCGUGAUUGUGAGAACUCCUGUUCCUGUCCCACACUGUUCAACUUGUAUAAGACUCUGAGUCUGUUUCUUGUAAUGGCUGACCGGAUUGAAGCCCUGGGUUGUGCUACAAAAUAAAUGCAAUG